GGGGGUUGAUUUGAUGUGUGUGUGUAUGUCUGUCUGUCUUGUCUGUCUCCUUGACCUGAUUGGGUGGGGGGCUGCUCUCCUUGCCCCGUUGCUCAGCUUGUAAAAAGGCUGCUCGCCCCUUCCCAGAAUUCUGUGCUGUCAUUGUGUCUUAAAACAGCCCCGCAGCUUAUUGAAUAGGAGGAAGCUGCCUGCACUUCCCCAGGAAGCCUAGGGAGAGGAUAUGGACGAGCUUGGAGCACACAGUACACUGCGGGCCCACAAGACACCAUACGCUCGGAGUGUGAACACAGAGAGAGGGGCAAAGAGGAUUCUGUCCCCCCCGCCCGGUGUCCUUUGGAGACCAGGCCUGGAGAGAGGAGUGAAGGCCCCUUCUGAAGUGGAGGCCAUGGGCUUCCCUCUGUUUGGUCUCGGGUUUCUGGUCUUUGUGUGCUUCGGAUCCGCUCAGAAACUCUCCCCAACAGGACGGAACGUCUGCCUGGACCACAGGGACCCGUCCUCUCUGGUGUGCUGUGAUGGCUGGCGUCCACAGGGAGAGGAGUGUAGUAUCCCUCUGUGUGAGGGAGAGAGGGCCUGCCAGCAGGAUGAGGUGUGUGUCUACCCGGGCAUCUGUCGCUGCAGGCCUGGCUACUUUGGGCCUCAGUGCCAAACGCCCUGCCCUCCUGAGUUCUGGGCCUCAGACUGCCGUGAGCUCUGCCUGUGCCAUCCCCACGGGCGCUGCCACCCGGCCACAGGCGAGUGCACCUGCCACCCCAAACGCUGGGGCCCGCUGUGCCAGCACGAGUGCAAGUGCGCCCACCACGGCCACUGCGACCCACUGCACGGCAACUGCACCUGUGACGAGGGCUGGUGGACGGGCACCUGCGCCAAGAUGUGCCAGUGCUUCUCCCAGGGCACGUCCACGUGUGACCCGGUGACGGGGCAGUGCGUGUGCAAGCGGGACUACUGGGGACUGAAGUGUAGUCUGCGCUGUAACUGCUACCUCUCCCCCUGUGACCAGAACACGGGCCACUGCCAGUGCCUGAAGGGCUGGUGGGGGCCGGGCUGUGACCGCCGCUGCAACUGCGACCUCGACCACGGGGAGUGCGACAUCGUCAGUGGGGAGUGUGUGUGCGAGCCCGGGUACAAAAGCCCGGUGUGCCACGAGACCUGUAGCCCCGGCCACUAUGGCAGAGGAUGCCUGGCGAGGUGUGGUCACUGUGUGAGAGGCCAAGCGUGCUCUACAGUGCACGGCUCCUGUGACGCCUGCGAUCCAGGGUGGAACGGCACACGCUGUGACCAGCGUUGUCCACUGGGUUCCUAUGGAGACCACUGUCGUAAGGUGUGUCCUUCCUGCAAGAACCAAGAAGCCUGCAAUCCCGUGACAGGGGAGUGUUCUCACUGUAACCCUGGCUGGCUUGGUCCUAGGUGUGACAAGUCAUGUCCUGACGGGACGUUUGGAGAUGACUGCCGCUUUCAGUGCAACCUCUGCCUUCAUGGGCGCUGUGACCCCAUGACAGGAAACUGCAUCUGUCAGCCUGGCUUCAGGGGCGAGAGCUGCAACAGCACUUGUCCAGAUCAUCUCUACGGUGUGAACUGCUCCUCUGUAUGUGACUGUGGUCAAGUGGCCUGUCAUGGAGACACAGGAGUGUGCCUCUACGGUACUCGUGUGGGUCUCAUCGUGGGCCUUCUCAUCCUCAUGCUGCUCAUCCUGCUUGCUUUGGUCUGCUGCUGUUGCUGCUGCUGUGUACAGGCUCCCACUGAUGGGAAAGAGAGGGUUGCCACAGGCGACAGGGGUCCUGCCCUGCGAAUGAAGCACCACGUAUACAGUGUGUUGGCUACCGUAGGCUCAUCCAUUCCUUGCAUCAGCCUGUGGUCUUCAGGGUUACCUCGAGUCACAGUGUCACACCACGAUCCUGAGCUGACGUUCAACCACAGCUUCAUUGAGCCGCCCUCGUCUGGUUGGAUGACCGACAACUCGUUUGAGAGUGACGAUGGAGAAGAGGGAGAGGCCUUAUACUGUGUUCCACCCAGGGAAGAUAUCUCCACCAUAGCGGGAGGGGAGUUCCAGGAGCUGAGCUCCAAGUGUAACAUGUUCCCUGACCCAUCAGCCUUCUGCUCUGAGGACAUGUCUCUAGCCUUUGGGAUCCCGCGCACCUCCAGCAUCGCCAAGUCCAAGCGCCCGUCAGUCUCCUUCGCAGAAGGCACCAAGUUCAGCCCCAAGGAGCGCCGCGGCUCGGCCCAGGAGCUCCCGGUCGUCAGCCGCAAGCCCAAAUCCCCCUGGGGGGUCCUCAUGCUCUCAGCCCUCCAGGUGGGCCGGGGGGAGGGCGAGACGGAGAGGAUUGAACAGGAGCCAGAGAGGGGGGAGAGCCCCGUGCACGAGCAGGGUACCACUGAAGAUCCGGCAGACCCAGAGGCCGGGAGGUAUACCGCCACACCCUCCCGUAACACCCUCGCCGUACCAGGAAGCAACCGGCGGCGCACCCUGUCCAACACAGCCAAGAGGAUUGCCCAAGCUCAGGUCCCGACUGGCAGCCACCAGUCAGAGGGUGGGUCGGAUAAGGUGACCACUGUGUACGUGACUGUAGGAAAAGCCUCACGAGGGUCCAAGACCGAGGUCACCUCAGAGGGGCCUGUGCAGGCCAUGCUGCGUCGGCUGGGCAGUAUCCAAAGGCAGAGAGAUGAAGCCAGCAAGCCAAAGGCCCGCGGAGAGGCCAUCACUAAGCCCCCGCGGAGGAAGCUGGGAGCGCGGGCGGCAGCGUGGGAGCAGGCGGUGGAAGCUGGAGGGGGGAGUCCGCCCGCUGCGGUGCCCAUGAGGAAGCCCAGCCGUCGGAAACACACAUCCCUCAGCUCCCCCUGUCCCAUGAGCUCCAGCGACAGCCCACUGGAGGGCGCCACCUCCAAGAGGCCGCUGUCCUCCAUCCUCAAGAGUGUCCCGGAGUGGGUGUCUCCUGUCUUGCAGGGGAGGGAGGGGCCACGGGCUGAGCCAGGAGCCUGCAGCCCAGAUCCUCCAAGAGAGGAUGGGUACCUGACUGUGGGACCGGCACACAGUGUGGCCAACCUGGGGGAAGUCAUCGCCAAUGAAGUCAUUGUGGCCUGUGAAGAUGAUGGACCAAAGUAUGAAAAUGUCAUGCAUUAUGAAAGCAAUGAUAGUAGUCCCAAUUAUGAAACUAUCCAUGAUAUCUGGUAACACUUUUCCUUUGCUAAUUAUUCUCCCAUUGUUUUUUCUUGGUACUUGGUGUCAUGGAGCUUCACAUAUAGUCAGAGAUUUAACACAAGUCAGCCUUACGUUGUACGCUUCAUUUUUUAAUGUAAUUUCUGCCUUGUAACAGAGGUUUGCGAAUUCAUUGAGUGAUUAAUGUCUAUUAGUUAUACCGCUUUUAAUGUACCUGCUGUAUCGCUUUUUACUAAUGCCAAA